GCAAAAUGUGUUUUCACAUGUGGUUUGAAUUUUACACCUUGCAAUGAGGUGUGUGUAGAGCCCAUGCACCUUUAACUGUAUAAAAGCAGCCAUAACUACAGAUACUAGCAUUACCUCUCAGUGGCUGCGAUGGAAACGUCUUCCCUCCUCUUUCUGUGCCUCGUGGCAACAUUUUCAGUGCGCGCUGUCCAUGGACGGACCUUAGAGAUCAGCAUCGAUGAUGAAGAGGAUGUGGACGUGGGAGUCUCGAUGGGGGCAAGUGGGCUUCCAGGAAAGUGCUGGGCUUGCAAGUGGAUUUUAAACAAGGUGAAGAAACUUGCAGGACCAAACGCCACUGCAGAGAGCCUGAAGUCAAAGUUGCUCUCUGUCUGCGAUGGUAUUGGACUCUUAAAAUCACUCUGCCGCAAAUUUGUGAAGGUCCACCUUGGAGAAUUAAUUGAGGAACUCACAACAACUGAUGAUGUGAGGACCAUCUGUGUCAACAUGGGAGCAUGCAAGUCAAAGGAGUUGGAGCUGCUCUUUUAUGCAGAGAAUGGAGCUCCACUUAUUGACGUUAAUGAGCAUGACUAACUUUAGAUGUAUGAAUAAACAUUG